AUGGGGAAACCAAAGACGAGAGCGGACCAUGCCGCAGCCCGUGAGAGAAAGGAAGAGAAGCGAGCAAGGAAAGCUGAGGCUAUGCAGAAGGAUGCUCAACAGGUGCCUUUCGAAUCCUCUGUACAUGGGUGCUUCGACCAAUGGGAUAUCGAUAUCGAUGGAUAUCGAUCGGAUCUGAUCAUUUCGGAUAGUAUCAGGAGGCAGUAUUAUGAUGCGGAAAAGGCUUAUAUCAAAAUGAACGAACAGGUGGAGAAGUAA